UUGAAUCCCAUUUUGAAAACCCAAAUGGGGAUAUCGUUAAUAAGUUUAUGGAUAUUUAUCUCUUUAAUGUUUCUCUCUAGCUGUACAAUGCUCGAUUGUAGGGCCAAAAAAAGCAGUAACUGAAAUAUAUCCGUUUUAAUCAAUGGAACCAAUGGAUUUCCAGGAUCAGUUAUUAUCUUAAGAUAUAUUUCCUAGGAUUAGUUAUUUUCAAAAGGUGAAAUUUCCUAUAAAUUCCAUUCUCAUUUGAUGAGAAGACAGAGUUAAACCCAAAAAAAAAAAAUGAGGUGCACAGUUCUCUUGUUGGCGGUUUUAGUUGCUUCUCUCUGUAUUUGUGCUUCUGCAACACAGGUUACUUAUGAUGGGAGAGCCAUUAUCAUCGAUGGCGAGCGUCGAGUUCUUAUCUCGGGCUCGAUUCACUAUCCUCGAAGCACUCCAGAGAUGUGGCCUGAUUUGAUUAAAAAAUCGAAGGAAGGUGGUCUCAACACGAUCGAGACUUACGUCUUUUGGAAUGUCCACGAGCCUAGGCCCCGUGAGUAUGAUUUCACCGGCAGGCGCGAUCUCGUCAGGUUCCUCAAGACUGUACAUGAUGCAGGGCUAUAUGCUGUUCUCCGCAUUGGCCCCUAUGUUUGUGCAGAAUGGAACUAUGGGGCCUUCCCUGUUUGGCUUCACAACAUUCCAGGGAUUCAACUAAGGACUGAUAAUGAGAUUUACAAGAACGAGAUGCAAAUUUUCACCACCAAGAUUGUCGAUAUGGUUAAAGCAGAGAAGCUCCUGGCUGGCCAAGGGGGACCUAUUAUCCUCACCCAGAUCGAGAAUGAAUAUGGAAAUGUUCAAGGCCCUUACGGGGAUGCUGGACACCGCUACAUCCAAUGGUGUGCAAAGAUGGCUGAAUCUCUGAAUGUUGGCGUGCCAUGGAUCAUGUGCCAGCAAAAUGAUGCACCCCAGCCCAUGAUCAACACCUGCAAUGGAUUUUACUGCGACAGCUUUAAGCCAAACAAUCCAAACAGCCCUAAGAUGUGGACUGAGAACUGGACCGGCUGGUUCAAGGGAUGGGGAGGGAGAGACCCUCACAGGCCGGCUGAAGAUGUUGCCUAUGCAGUUGCUCGCUUCUACCAAACUGGUGGCACUUUCCAAAACUACUACAUGUAUCAUGGUGGAACCAACUUCGGCCGCACUGCAGGAGGCCCAUACAUUGCAACCUCUUAUGAUUAUGAUGCACCGCUCGAUGAAUACGGGAACUUAAGGCAACCCAAGUGGGGGCAUUUGAAGCAGCUUCAUGAAAUCCUGAUAUCCAUGGAGAAAGUCCUCACAUCCGGGACGGUCUCAAACACGUCCUUUGGAUUUGGCGCUGACGCAACCAUCUACACUUUGGAUGGGGCUUCAAGCUGCUUCUUGAGCAAUACAAAUACUACAAAUGAUGCCACAGUUACUUUCCAAGGAAUUCAAUACUUCUUGCCAGCUUGGUCUGUCAGCAUCCUUCCCGACUGCAAACAAGUUGCAUAUAACACUGCUAAGGUCACAACUCAGACCGCAUUGAUGGAGAUGAAGCCAAAUUCGGCAGAAUCCAUCAUACCCGAGCAGCUAGACUGGCAAUGGCGCCCUGAAAUCAUCAAGGGGAUUUUGAAAUUGGCAAAUUCUACCUUUACAUCCACUCAACUUAUUGAACAGAAACAAGCGGCUGCUGAUGAGAGUGACUACUUGUGGUACUCAACCAGUGUGGUCAUUGGUAAAAAUGAUCCCUCCCAUAGCAAAGAGAUGGUUCUAAGUGUGAAUACAACUGGCCAUGUCCUCCACGCAUAUGUCAAUGGCAAGCUUGCAGGAUCCCAGUAUGCUGCCAAUGGAAAAUACCAGUUUGUGUUUAACCAGACAGUCCACCUGAAAAGUGGCAGGAAUUACAUAAGCUUACUAAGUGUCACUGUUGGUUUACAGAAUUAUGGAGCCUUCUUUGACAUGGGCCCUAGUGGAAUAGUUGGUGGACCAGUUCAGAUCAUUGGGAGUGGUAAUGUUACAAAAGACAUCUCCUCAUCCAAAUGGCUCUACAAGGUCGGGUUGAUCAGCGAGCAAAAGAAACUAUAUGAAAUAGACAAUCUGAAAAAGGUUAAAUGGCACAAUGAAUCUCUCCCAACAAAGAGAGCCAUGACAUGGUACAAGGCAAGCUUCCCGGCUCCUUUGGGCACUGACCCUGUGGUGGUUGACCUCCAAGGCAUGGGUAAGGGCUCAGCCUGGAUUAAUGGACAAAAUAUUGGCAGAUACUGGCCAACAAACCUGGCUUCUCAGGAUGGUUGUCCCUCUGUUUGCAAUUACAGAGGAGUAUAUAAACCUGAAAAUUGUCCCACGGGAUGUGGUGAACCUACUCAAAGAUACUACCAUGUACCGAGAUCGUUCCUUGGGGACGACGAGAACAUAAUUGUGCUCUUUGAAGAAAUCGGUGGAGACCCCAAAGACAUCAACUUCCAAACUGUGAGUGUGGGUAAGGUGUGCAGCAAAAUUGAGGAGGGCUCGACCCUGCAACUCAAAUGCCCAAGUGGAAAAUCCAUAUCUGCUAUUGAGUUUGCAAGCUUUGGCAACCCGGAAGGCCAAUGUGGGUCUUUCCAAAAGGGUGGCUGCAACAUCGCGAGCGCCUUGUCUGCAGUGCAAAAGGCCUGUGUUGGCAAUGUUAGCUGUUCAGUCUCAGUCACAGAGGAGGUUCUUGGGUCAGACAGUUCUUGUGGGAACCUUCAUAAAAGCUUGGCAGUUCAGGCCACCUGUUAGAAUGGGGAGCAAGAUAGAUACCUUCCUAGAAGGGUUUAGCCUUCUAGUUCUAUAUUCAAAAAGUUCAUUUUUCUGAUGCUCAGGCCUGCUAUUUCUAUAUUCAAAAAGUUCAUUUUUCUGAUGCUCAGGCCUUUUCUA